AGAGCGCGCUCUCCUUGAGUGGGCUCGACGUUUCAAGGUUUCGAGGAUGGCUAGCCCUAGGACCCGUAGAGUGUUGAUGGAUGUCAAGAAGUCGAGUGCCAACCAUAUCGUUGGUGGGAUGCUGUCAUACACGUUUUCAUGUCUGAUCUUGCUUGAUUUUGAAACCGACAAAAUUCAACCACAAAAACCAUCGUUAUCAUCAGUAGCAUAAGGCUACUGCUCCUAAAGUGGAUAGUGAGGAAAUAAUUUUGUUAAAUGACCAAGCUACUGACAAAUGUUAUGCUUCGAAUGUGGGUCCCCUAAUCCUCAAUGGGCUAGCGUUACAUAUGGCAUAUGGAUAUGUUUGGAGUGUUCAGGAAAGCAUCGUGGUUUGGGUGUUCAUCUAAGCUUUGUGCGCUCAAUUAACAUGGAUAAAUGGAAGGAGUUGGAGUUGGAGAGAAUGAAAGUUGGAGGCAAUAAUCAUGCUAAGAAAUUCUUCGCUUCACAACCGGAUUAUAGACCUCAGUGGACUCUGCAUGAAAAAUACAACAGCAGAGCUGCUGCUUUGUUAAGAGAUAAGAUUGCUACUGAAGCAUCUGGUGGAGUAUGGAGUGAAGAGACAUCUAAUGUACCUAACACAUGUACCAAUUUAAACCAUGUGAAAACUGCAAAUGAUCUGUCAUCUUUAUCUUUCGAUAAAUCAAGCUCUAGCAAUAUGCGUAGUGAAUGUGAGACUUCAGGUUUUAAUUCUGGACGCAACAAAAUGCCCAGCUGUCACUCAGAUUUGGAAUCCUGGUUAAGAGACACGAGUUUAUCUGAAGGACGUAGAUCAUCUACUACCGGUUUCGAGCAAAUUCCAGAUUGGGCUAACUCUAGUUCUGUUAAUAACGUGGAAUAUGAGAAUUCUUCCUCUAGGCACUAUUCAUUAGUACCUGAUUCAUCCACAUGGCAAUCAGGUUGGGCUAUGGUCAGUCAGGUGGCUUCAGCAGCCGCUAGGCGCACCAGUCAAUUAGCAUCUCAAGCUACACAAAAAACGAAAGAACUAACCCACUCUGUUCACGAAAAGGUCAAAGAUAGUAAUAUUUUGGAUUCGUUGUCAAAAGGUGUUGAUUCUGUUGCAACCAAGUUGCAGACUGUGAAAACUCAAGGAAUCCGAAGUAUCGAGUCAUAUUGGGCCAGUAAUCCUCAGUCGGAUUUGUCAACUGGAAAUUCUGAUAAAUCCUAUGGUUCUACUCGUUUCAGUACCCAUGAACAAGAUCGCCCAAAUUCAAUGUUCUUCAACUCAAAUCUACAACAAGGAACUAGUUCAUUUGAUGCAGGAGCAUCCCUGCAGAGUACAAAAUGGACCUCUGGUGAAGAUAGUGGAUGGGAUUUAAGUGGUGAUCGUGACUGGGCGUCAGUUGAUUGGUCUGCUGGUAGUGGUGAUUCCAAGUCGAUGGCAAUUGCUGACCAAUCACUUAUGCGACGUGAUCUCAAGUUCGACACAGGAUACAAUCGUAGUCGAAAGAAUUCCUAGCUUUUCAACAGAAAUAUUCUUUUCCAAAAAGUUAAUAUUUAAGGUGCACAGAGAUCAUAUGAAACAUGUUUGUUUUUGUCUCUUUGGUUUGAACUAGGUGAGUGAGUUUCUCUUACUUUUGUCUAUACUAAUCAUUGUCUUCAUCUAUUCAUCCAUUCGUUCAUUCUGCUUACUGGAAGAAAGAAGACUUUAUCCCCGUUCAUAAAUGUAUGCAUACUUGAAUUUCUCUCACUUUUACUAUGUUUGUUUGUGUUGUUUUUUUAAGUUAUCAAUUGCUAUGGCAUCAUAAUAUCUACUAAUGACAAUAUUUAUGGAAUAUUAUAAUAAUUAUGUUAAUACUAGUGAUUUUCCCAUUCAUCGGUCUUUCUUUCUCUUUUUCUUUUUCACAUCUUUCUUGCUACAUUUUGUUUAUGUUUUCGGAGAAUUGAGAGAUUGUGUUGUUUUUUUCUCCAUAUGGAGUAGUUCAUGAAGGGAUAGGUGAUUUUUUUUCAUGAUUUCACGCUUAUACGGUUUUUUGCUGUAACACAACAGAGAAAAAUAUAAAUUCCAGCUCCG